AUGCCCCCUUUAUCCCUCAUGUCACACCCCUCCCUCCACCUGCCUCCCCCCACCCGCCCUCCCCCUUGUGCCCUCCCCCAGAAGCCAUCCCUCCUCCACCUGCCCCCCCCACCCGCCCUCCCCCUUGUGCCCUCCCCCUUGUGCCCUCCCCCAGAAGCCAUCCCUCCUCCACCUGCCUCCCCCCACCCACCUCACCUCUGCGCCCUCCCCCUUAAGCCCUCCCCUCUCCUGGAGGGCCGUGGCCUCGGCGACGGCAGUGGCGAGCUCCCUGGUGUCCGCCACGUCCUCCUCUGCGCGCACAGCACACGCAUGGGGGGGGGCAUGGGGUGGAGACGACAGGCAUGGGGGGCAUGGGGUGGAGACGACAGGCAUGGGGGGCAUGGGGUGGAGACGACAGGCAUGGGGGGCAUGGGGUGGAGACGACAGGCAUGGGGGGCAUGGGGUGGAGACGACAGGCAUGGGGGGCAUGGGGUGGAGACGACAGGCAUGGGGGGCAUGGGGUGGAGACGACAGGCAUGGGGGGCAUGGGGUGGAGACGACAGGCAUGGGGGGCAUGGGGUGGAGACGACAGGCAUGGGGGGCAUGGGGUGGAGACGACAGGCAUGGGGGGCAUGA